UCGGAGCGGACCGGGACAGAGCCGUGCUAAUCCGGACUCUCGGCUCGGACCGACAUGUUCUGGGAUCUAAACCGGAACGGAGCGCGCGGGACACCAAUGUGAGCUGCAGGACGGCGCAUGCCAGAGCGCGCGCGUCCGAGUGGAUGAAUGAGUGACGGAGAUGGACCGGAAACUACUGAGUCAGGUGGUCUUCGUGUGCGUGGCGCUGAGCGGGCGAGUCUCCCCGGCUGAGUUAACCUGCGAAACUUUGAUCCUGCUGUCGACCAACUUCACAGUGAGGACCUUAGCCCUGCUCAACCAGACAUUCACCAUCAGCAACUCCUCAGGUGUAUACUGUGACCUGUCGGUGGAUGGGAUAGGAACCUGUUGGCCUCGAAGUGCAGCAGGUGAGCUGGUCUCCAGACCGUGUCCUGAGCAGUUCAACGGGAUCCACUACAACACCACCAAUCGGGUCUACAGAGAGUGUCAGGUGAACGGCAGCUGGGCGCCUCGAGGAAACUACAGCCAGUGCACCGAGAUCAUCGUCCUGAGGAAGAGUAAAGUUCACUAUCAGGUGGCUGUCAUCAUCAACUACCUGGGCCACUGCAUCUCUCUGGGAGCGCUGCUGCUUGCCUUCACGCUUUUCAUGAGGCUCAGGAGCAUUCGCUGUUUGAGGAACAUCAUCCACUGGAACCUGAUCUCCGCCUUCAUCCUGAGGAACGCCACCUGGUUCAUCGUCCAGCUAACAAUGAAUCCCGCUGUUACCGAGAGAAACCAGGUGUGGUGCAGGCUGGUGACGGCAGGUUAUAACUACUUCCAUGUGACCAACUUCUUCUGGAUGUUUGGUGAAGGCUGUUACCUCCACACUGCCGUCGUUCUCACCUACUCAACCGAUAAACUCAGGAAGUGGAUGUUCAUCUGCAUCGGGUGGGGUAUUCCAUUCCCCAUCAUUGUGGCGUGGGCUUUUGGGAAGCUGUACUACGACAAUGAGAAGUGCUGGUUUGGAAAGAGGGCGGGAGUUUAUACAGACUACAUUUACCAAGGCCCCAUGAUCCUGGUCCUGCUGAUUAACUUCGUCUUCCUGUUCAACAUCGUCCGGAUCCUGAUGACCAAACUGAGGGCAUCAACAACCUCAGAAACCAUUCAAUACAGGAAGGCUGUGAAGGCGACGCUGGUGCUGCUGCCUCUGUUAGGAAUCACCUACAUGCUUUUCUUUGUGAACCCCGGAGGAGAGGAUGAGGUCGCUCGGAUCGUCUUCAUCUACUUCAACUCCAUCCUUGAGUCCUUCCAGGGCUUUUUCGUCUCUGUGUUUUACUGCUUCCUGAACAGCGAGGUGCGCUCCGCGGUCAGGAAGCGUUGGAUUCGUUGGCAGGACCGUCACUCCAUCCGGAGCCGGGCCGUACGUGCCACGUCGCUGCCCACCUCACCGAGCAGAGUGUCCUUCCACAGCAUCAAACAGUCCUCAAACCUCUGACAGAGCUGAACUCACCCAAUGACAGUCUGAGAUGUGAUUCCCGUUGGCCAAUCUGAGCUCUUAUGAUGCGUGAGGACCAGACAGUUAGAGGGGGGCUCUGUGUGGCCCCGCCUCUCUUCACCCUCACUAGACUCUCAGUCACUGGACUCAACCAAUCAGCUGCUUCAUAUGUUGCACUGAGCAGCCGGACUGCAUUUAAUAAUUGGUUUAUUGAUUUAUUGAUCAGUGUUUUAUUUAUCAGCUAUUACUGUAUGUAUUAUUGAUCACCAGCUUUCUGCUCUUCACACACACGCACACUGAUCAUCACAGAUUCAGAGGUGUGUGGUGAGAAACCCAGUCCUAACUCAGACUGUCUGAUAACCCUGACCUGGCGCUGCCUGGACGUCAGCUUCCUGCUCUACUUCCUCAGGUGAACAUUUAUUCAGAUUAAAUCUUCGUGCGAGUGGAUUAAGGAUUUGGACCAGUUCCACCAGUGGCAGGAAAGUAAAGCUGGGUUAUCAGCAGGUUUUACUUUGCAUCAGAUGGCGUCUUUAUGACCACAAGAACGUCUGCUUGAUGUUUGGUGUGAGUGCUCCGCCACAGAGACGCUGCUGAAGACACACAGCAGCAGAUCCAGGAGUGUGUGUGCGUGUGUAUGUGUGUGUUUGUGUGUUCCUGUCUAGCUUUCUUUGUGAGGACCGAAAUCUGCAUUCUACAAUACUUGUGAGAACCAGCAGUCACUUGUGAGGACACACAACCCCGUCCUCACAAAUUUGAAGCCUUUAAAGGCCUUUUUCAGGCUCAAAAUGUGGUUUUAGUCAGGGUUACAAUUAGGUUAUGGUUAGGCAUUCAUUUGUAAUGGUUAGGGAAAGCAUUAUGUCAAUGUAGGUCCUCACUAAGAUAGCUGAAGGAAGUUGUGUGUGUGUGUGCGUAUGUGUGUGUGUGUGUGUGUGUGUGCGUAUGUGUGUGCGUGUGUGUGUGUGUGUGCGUGUGUGUGUGUGUGUGUGCGCGCGUGUGUGCGUGUGUGCGUGCGUGUGUGCGUGCGUGUGUGUGUGUGUGUUUGUGAGAGAGACAGUGAUUGAUCCAUCCGUCUGAUCAGUGGCAUUAUUCCCUGGAAGAAUCGUGAUGAAGCUGUGCUCCAUAUAUCUGAAUAAUCUGUGUUGUGGCGCCCCCUGCUGGAGCGUGAAGUCUCACUCUGAAAUAAACUCCUCCCCCUCAGGAUAUCCGUGUCUCCAGUUGACAGGUGAGCGCACCUGAGGCUCAUGAGCUUCUCUUAGAAUGACAUCAUCAGUUUAAUAAAUUAACCCAAGCUUAACUUGCUGUGAAAGGGGCGGAGUUUACACCAUGUGACCAAUCAGAAACAUGGACAGAUCAGCAAACUGAUAUCUGUUUAUUUCCUUCAUGAACAAAUGGAAAAGAGGCCGUUUAUACAAUCAUUUCCACCUGCAGUCCCUGGCCAGGUAAAAAUAUGUGACACACUGAAGUUGACACACAAGCCACCACGGCGAGCGGACGGGAGAGCCGGCCGGCUUGGAUUGGCUCUUAGCCUGGCAGGGACGCCAGCGCCUUUGCCGGUUUUGGCGACUCAAUGUCGGGAUGGAAAGGCGAUAGAAAGCACAAAAACACCAUUUAGGUCACACGUUACCAUAACAACCAGAGAGCAUUAAGGGACAGAGAGGAGGCUGUUCCUCUCAAUGCUGUUGGUGCAUUUCAGGAGGACGCUGCUAGUAAAGUUACACAAUUACACAGUGAUUUCGCGUUUAUUAUAUAUAUUUACAAAAUCCCACAGUUUUUGUCUUGAUCGUAUCAUUUUAUUUUGUUGUAUUUAUCCGCCACACCUUAAAGGCCGGUCCGUGAAAAUAUUGUCUGACAUCAAACCGGUCUGUGGAGCAAAAACGUUUGGGGACCGCUGGAUUAAAGAACUAGUAAGUCUGUUACUGACAACAGUGAUGAAGGGGAGGGAGAGCAUGGUCCCCUGAGGGGCCGCUGUGCUGCCUCACACAUACGGUACAGAAGCCUCACGUACUGUGGUUGAGGUGGUUGAUCGUCUAUGCAGUCAGGUGACUCUUCACUCCCGCUCCUUGCAGCUUCUGUCAGCAGUGCAGAUUGGAUUGAAGGCACUGAAAGCACACGUGUGUCAUCCAGGUCGUGGCAGCUAUCCUGUGGACUAUCCUGUGCUGGUAGAUGUUCUGCAGAGAGGCCACUGGACUCCUAAUGAUCUUUUCGGCAGCCUUCACCGCUCUCCAGGCGUUUGCAGUCCAUAGGAUUGGUGUUGCUGCAGCAGGUCAGGAUGCUCUCAGCUGCUGCAGCUGUAGAAGUUUUUACAUAUGAAAUGUUCUCAUCCUCCUCAGGAAGCACAGCCACUGCUGAGCCCUCCUAACCAGCUCUGUGCGGUUAAAUGUCCCACUGAGGUCCUCACGGAUGUAGACACUGUUGGGAUUUGUUUUUAUCUUUAAGACUAAUAUCUCACAAUUAGCAUCACAUAUUUGUCUUUUACUGCACACAGUGUAUUGCAGAAGAGUUUUGGAUUCACUCUGAUAAAACAGACACAAUGCUUCCUCGUCACCUCCUCACAGGAACGUGGCCUCGGGCAUAAAUCAGGUGCUCCUGGAAUGCACUCCACAGCUCUUCUUUAACUCUACAGGCCUGGCCGGAGGACCAGAGAUGGUUGUCAUGGUAAUGGAAGCGUCGCCAGCAGAAGGGUCAUAUCCAAAUAAGGAGACGCCCAGAAAGCUGCAGAAGAAGAAACAUGAACUGGAUCUCAGCCAGAUAAGCCAAUGACCUUAGUAUCCUGUUAUCACACAUAAUGAAAAGUGCUGCUGCCAGUGCGUGGCGGCAGCCUUUUGUCUCUGAGCCAGAGGGAGGAGGUCCAUGUCGCCGUGUAAAACUCAUUUGAAAUUCUAACCCCUCUCAUAAGAAAUUGUAGAAACUUAUAACUGGAGCAUAUUUGUCUGCUCUCUCAUAAAAAAAACCCUACAACACCCAGAAGGCUGAUUCUGUUCAUCUGGACGUAGCAUUUUCAGUUCUACCACGAUCCAGAUGAACAGAAUCAAGCUUUUGGGAUUUACUUACCUGGAUGAUUGAGCAUGCAUCAAGACAACAACACCCAGGUGUUUAGAACAGCUCACCCUCUGCAAUUCAAGCUCCUGAGUGAACAGGAGCUGCUGACAUCUCCUCUCCUUCCUCGUGUCCACUAUCAUCUCUCUCGUCUUCUCUGUGCUGAGGGGAAGUUGUUGUCCUCACACCAUGACACCAGACUGGCCACCUGCUUCCUCUAUGCCACUUUGUCUCUGGCAGCGAUGCAUCCUAUCACUGCAGUGUCAUCUGCAAACUUUAGAAUAGAAUAGAAUAGAAUAGAACAGCUCUCUAUUGUCGUUGUACAUGUACAAUGAAAUUGUGGGUGCUCCACCCCAGCUGUGCCAGAAUAAAAUAUAAAUAGUAGGCAGCAGGGAUAAAUAACAAACAGGAGACAUAUGUCCAAUCAAGAGGCACACAUUACCAAUAAGUUGCAGAGUGCUUGGAGGAAAUGCAAAGACAUAAAGACUUGGUCUGAAUAGAGUCUGUGUGUGAGUGGUCUGAGUGAUGAGGGUCACUCAGACCAUGGCUCAGAUUGGUGGGUGGGGUGUGGGGAUAUAGUGUUUGCUAACAGUCCGAAUGGUCCAGGGGAAGAAGCUGUUAGUGAGUCUGGAGGUGUGGGACCUGAUUGGCCUGAGGUGCCGACCAGAGGGCAGCAGGUCAAACAGGUGGUGGGCAGGGCCACCUGUGAUGGCCCUGGUUUACCUGAGACAGGAAGAUCUGAUGAUGGCCUCCAGGGGUGUCAGAGGGCAGCCAAUGUUAAUUAUCCUCUGCGCAGACUUCCUAUUCUCAGUUGUGGCCCCUCAGUUAUUCCUCCUCAGCACACGGAGGAAGUGCAGCAGCUGCUGGGCCUUCUUUACCAGGGCUAUGGUGUCGUGGGUCCAGGUGAGAUCGGCGGAGCCUUGAUCUGUCAGCAAAUCAGUGAGACACUGAGACACGAUCUUCUCGAAACACUUCAUGACGACAGACGUGAGGGCUAUAGGUCAGUAGUCAUUGGGGUGUCCACGCCAGUGUUUGGGGGGGAUGGGAAAGAUGGUGGCGGCCUUUAGACAGGUGGCAACGGUGGCAUGAGUCAGGGAGAGGCUGAACAGCCUGGUGAGGAUCCCUGCCAGUUGGCCCGUGCAGGCGUUGACCGCAGCUGCUGGGACACUAUCAGGACCGGCAGCUC